AAAUUAAACUUUUAAACUAGAGUUUAAUGUGAAUCUUGUCCUUUUAACUCAUAAAUCAGUAAAUGAAGCAUAAGUGUAUGCAGUAGGCUCACCAGUAAUUAACAACAUGUACUGUAUGCCUGGGAGUGCCUUAAAUACUUUCUCCAUAUACCAACUUCUAUUUUGUGCUUGUUCUCAUUUUAUAAAAGAAGAAAUCUAAUCACUAAGAGGUCAAGUGACUAGUUAGAGGGUGAGAAGAGCAAAAGCUUUUAGACCCGGCUGCAACUCUGAGGUCAGACACCAGUCACUCAGUUCUGUCAUCAUGGCUUUUCUGGUAACUGUCCUUAUACAGUUGUAAUUAGAGUUAAUAUACCGAAUAAGUUAAUGAUUUGCAAUGUCAAGUUAUUAGUUGUAAUUCACGGACUAGAAUUGUGUUUCUCUGCUGCAAGUGAAUCAUGGGAAUGAAAUAUAUUUACUGCCCCUCCCACCGUCAGUAUCCUGCAUCCUGUGCCGGGCUUUCCACCCUGAGGAGCUCCUGGUUAGGAGCGUCAGUUAACAACAGGCUCUCUGGGUUUGCCGAGGUAGAGGUUUGAAGGUGCACAGGAAUCUUGGUUUCCUCUGGACACUGCGGUGGAGUGGGGUGGGUCUCUGCCCUGCUGUGAAGCAGGGUCAGAAGCGUGAAGCAGCUGUGUAAUCCGCUGGAUGCUGACCAGGGCGCUCCCCAUUCCAAUCAGGAGCCUGAGGAUUGGCUGGGCGUAGGCACACGUGACCGACAUGUGGCUGUAUUGGCGCAGCCUGCCGGGGUGUCACUGGAGACAGAAUGGAGGUGCUGCCGGGCUCGAAAAUGGGUUCCAGCAUAAUGGUUAUUUCUGGGAACUGAAGAUGCAUUGACCCGAACUUGAGGGGACCAAGGCUGGAAAGGCCAAGCCACCAAGGACUGAAGAUCUGUCCCUGUGCACAUUGAGCCUCAAAACAGAACACAGUUGGGAUUACUUUUGUUAGUAGGCAUAGACUAUUCAUUGCAAGCUGUGAGUAAAGAAGUACUUAAGCAGCUGCAGGGAAGUAUUGAAGAUGAGACUAUGACUUGCGGACAGAUUGAUUUGCUAGAGCGCCUUAAAGAAUUUAACUUAGAUAGCAAUUUCCCCGGAGUAAAACUACGCUCGAAAAUGUCCCUCCGAUCCUAUGGAAGUCGGGAAGGAUCUGUAUCAAGCCGUUCAGGAGAAUGCAGUCCUGUCCCCAUGGGGUCAUUCCCAAGAAGAGCAUUUGUAAAUGGAAGCAGAGAAAGCACUGGAUACUUAGAGGAGCUUGAGAAAGAGAGAUCAUUACUCCUUGCUGAUCUUGACAAAGAAGAAAAGGAAAAGGACUGGUAUUAUGCUCAGCUUCAGAACCUCACGAAAAGAAUAGAUAGCCUGCCCUUGACUGAGAACUUUUCCUUACAGACAGACAUGACAAGACGGCAGCUGGAGUAUGAAGCACGGCAGAUCAGGGCCGCAAUGGAGGAGCAGCUUGGCACCUGCCAGGACAUGGAGAAACGAGCACAGCGAAGAAUAGCCAGGAUUCAGCAAAUAGAGAAGGACAUACUUCGUGUACGGCAGCUCUUACAGUCCCAAGCGGCUGAAGCAGAGAGGUCAUCUCAGAGCAAGCGUGAAACUGCCUCCCAUGAAGCUGAGCGGCAGCUUGAAGGUCAAGGAGUGGCAGAAAGCAACUUGGCAACUUCUGGUAGUGGCCAGAGUUCAGCUGCACGUGUGGAUCAUGAAACAGCCGGUGUUUUGAGUUCUAGCGGCACACACUCUGCUCCUCGAAGGCUGACGAGUCACCUGGGAACGAAGGUGGAAAUGGUGUAUUCAUUGUUGUCCAUGCUUGGUACUCAUGAUAAGGAUGAUAUGUCACGAACUUUGCUAGCUAUGUCUAGCUCCCAAGACAGCUGUAUAUCCAUGCGACAGUCUGGAUGUCUUCCUCUCCUCAUCCAGCUUUUACAUGGCAAUGACAAAGACUCUGUGUUGUUGGGAAAUUCCCGGGGCAGUAAAGAGGCUCGGGCCAGGGCCAGUGCAGCCCUCCACAACAUCAUUCACUCACAGCCUGAUGACAAGAGAGGCAGGCGUGAAAUCCGGGUCCUUCAUCUUUUGGAACAGAUACGAGCUUACUGUGAAACCUGUUGGGAGUGGCAGGAAGCCCAUGAACAAGGCAUGGACCAGGACAAAAAUCCAAUGCCGGCUCCUGUUGAGCAUCAGAUCUGCCCUGCGGUGUGUGUUCUGAUGAAACUCUCAUUUGAUGAGGAGCACAGACAUGCAAUGAAUGAGCUUGGGGGACUGCAGGCUAUUGCAGAGUUACUGCAGGUGGACUGUGAGAUGCAUGGGCUUACUAAUGACCACUACAGUGUCACUCUAAGACGGUAUGCUGGAAUGGCUUUGACAAACCUGACCUUUGGAGAUGUUGCCAACAAGGCUACGCUGUGUUCUAUGAAAGGCUGCAUGAGGGCACUCGUGGCCCAGUUAAAAUCCGAAAGUGAAGACUUACAGCAGGUUAUUGCAAGUGUUUUGCGGAAUUUGUCUUGGCGAGCAGAUGUAAAUAGCAAAAAGACGUUGAGAGAAGUUGGAAGUGUGAAAGCAUUGAUGGAAUGUGCUUUGGAAGUUAAAAAGGAAUCAACUCUCAAAAGCGUCUUGAGUGCCUUAUGGAAUCUGUCUGCACACUGCACUGAGAAUAAGGCUGACAUAUGUGCUGUGGACGGGGCACUGGCAUUUCUGGUUGGCACCCUCACUUACCGGAGCCAGACAAAUACGUUAGCCAUCAUUGAAAGUGGAGGUGGGAUAUUACGGAAUGUGUCCAGCUUGAUAGCUACCAACGAAGACCACAGACAAAUCCUAAGAGAGAACAACUGCCUACAAACUUUAUUACAGCACUUGAAAUCUCACAGCUUGACAAUAGUCAGUAAUGCAUGUGGAACUCUGUGGAAUCUCUCUGCGAGAAAUCCUAAAGACCAGGAGGCUCUGUGGGACAUGGGGGCGGUGAGCAUGCUCAAGAACCUCAUUCAUUCCAAGCACAAAAUGAUCGCUAUGGGGAGCGCAGCAGCUUUAAGGAAUCUCAUGGCAAACAGACCUGCAAAGUACAAGGAUGCCAACAUCAUGUCUCCUGGCUCAAGUUUGCCAUCCCUUCACGUUAGGAAACAAAAGGCUCUAGAGGCAGAGUUAGACGCUCAGCACUUAUCAGAAACCUUUGACAAUAUUGACAAUUUAAGUCCCAAGGCAUCUCACCGCAGUAAGCAGAGACACAAGCAGAAUCUUUAUGGUGACUAUGUCUUUGAUGCCAGUCGACAUGAUGACAAUAGGUCAGACAACUUUAACACUGGAAACAUGACUGUUCUUUCACCAUACUUGAAUACCACAGUAUUGCCCAGCUCUUCUUCAUCAAGGGGAAGUUUAGACAGUUCUCGUUCUGAGAAAGACAGAAGUUUGGAGAGAGAACGAGGUAUUGGCCUCAGCACUUACCAUUCAGCAACAGAAAAUCCGGGAACCUCUUCCAAACGGGGUUUGCAGCUCUCUGCCACUGCAGCCCAGAUAGCCAAAGUGAUGGAAGAAGUGUCCGCCCUCCACACCUCCCAGGACGACAGAAGCCCCGCCUCUGCCGCCGAGCUCCACUGUGUGGCGGAGGAGAGGACUGCAGCACGAAGAAGCUCUGCGUCCCACACACAUCCAAACACACACAACUUCGCUAAGUCGGAAAGCUCAAACAGGACAUGCUCCAUGCCUUAUGCCAAGGUGGAAUAUAAGAGAUCUUCAAAUGACAGCUUAAACAGUGUCACUAGUAGUGACGGCUAUGGUAAAAGGGGCCAGAUGAAGCCCUCGGUAGAGUCCUACUCAGAAGAUGAUGAAGGUAAGUUUUGCAGUUAUGGGCAGUACCCUGCCGACCUAGCCCAUAAGAUACACAGUGCAAAUCAUAUGGAUGAUAAUGGUGGGGAGCUGGACACACCGAUAAACUACAGCCUCAAGUACUCAGAUGAGCAGCUGAACUCGGGAAGGCAGAGCCCCUCACAAAAUGAAAGGUGGGCAAGACCCAAGCAUGUGAUAGAAGAUGAAAUAAAGCAAAACGAGCAAAGGCAAUCAAGAAGCCAGAACACCAAUUUUCCCGUCUACUCUGAGAACACUGAUGACAAACACCUCAAGUUCCAACAGCAUUUUGGGCAACAAGAGUGUGUUUCCCCAUAUAGGUCCAGGGGAACCAAUGGUUCAGAAGCAAAUCGAAUGGGUUCUAGUCAUGCAGUUAAUCAAAAUGUGAACCAGUCUUUGUGUCAGGAAGACGAUUAUGAAGAUGACAAGCCUACCAACUACAGUGAACGUUAUUCUGAGGAAGAACAGCAUGAAGAAGAAGAGAGACCGACAAAUUAUAGCAUAAAGUAUAAUGAAGAGAAACACCAUGUGGAUCAGCCUAUUGAUUAUAGUCUAAAAUAUGCCACUGACAUAUCUUCAUCCCAGAAGCCAUCAUUUUCAUUCUCAAAGACUCCAUCAGUACAGGGCACUAAAACUGAACAUAACUCUCCAAGCAGUGAGGCUGCAUCUGCACCUUCAUCUAACGCCAAAAGGCAGAGUCAGCUGCAUCCAAGUUCAGCACAAAGAAAUGGUCAGACUCCAAAAGGGACUGCCUGCAAAGUCCCCUCCAUCAACCAAGAGACAAUGCAGACUUACUGUGUAGAAGACACCCCGAUAUGUUUCUCAAGGUGCAGCUCCUUAUCAUCGCUGUCAUCAGCUGAAGAUGAAAUAGGCUGUGAUCAGACAACACAGGAGGCAGACUCUGCGAAUACUCUGCAAAUAGCAGAGAUAAAAGAGAAUGAUGUGACGCGGUCAGCUCAAGACCCUGCGAGUGACGUCCCAGCCGUGUCCCAGAAUGCUAGAACCAAGCCCAGCAGACUCCAGGCUUCCGGCUUAGCUUCAGAAUCCGCCAGGCAUAAAGCUGUUGAGUUUUCUUCAGGAGCCAAGUCUCCCUCCAAAAGCGGUGCUCAGACACCCAAAAGUCCCCCAGAACACUAUGUCCAGGAGACACCCCUUGUAUUCAGCAGGUGUACUUCUGUCAGUUCCCUCGACAGUUUUGAGAGUCGCUCCAUCGCCAGCUCUGUUCAGAGUGAGCCAUGUAGUGGAAUGGUGAGUGGAAUUAUCAGCCCCAGUGACCUUCCAGAUAGCCCUGGGCAGACCAUGCCACCAAGCAGAAGCAAAACCCCUCCACCUCCCCCACAGCCAGUGCAGACCAAGAGAGAGGUGCCAAAAAGUAAGGUGCCUGCUGCCGAGAAGCGAGAGGGUGGGCCCAAGCAGACGGCCGUGAGUGCGGCUGUGCAGAGGGUGCAGGUCCUCCCGGAUGCCGACACUCUGUUACACUUUGCCACAGAGAGUACUCCAGAUGGCUUUUCUUGUUCCUCUAGCCUGAGUGCUCUGAGUCUGGAUGAACCCUUUAUACAGAAAGAUGUGGAACUAAGAAUAAUGCCUCCAGUUCAGGAAAACGACAACGGGAAUGAGACUGAACCAGAACAGCCUGAAGAAUCUAACGAAAACCAGGAUAAAGAGGUAGAAAAGCCUGACUCUGAAAAAGACUUACUAGAUGAUUCCGAUGAUGAUGAUAUUGAAAUAUUAGAAGAAUGUAUUAUUUCAGCCAUGCCAACAAAGUCAUCACGCAAAGCCAAAAAGCUAGCCCAGACUGCUUCAAAAUUACCUCCUCCUGUGGCAAGGAAACCAAGUCAGCUGCCUGUGUACAAACUUCUGCCGUCACAGAGCAGGCUGCAGGCACAGAAACAUGUUAGCUUUACACCAGGGGACGAUGUGCCCCGCGUGUACUGUGUAGAAGGGACGCCUGUAAACUUCUCCACAGCAACAUCUCUGAGUGAUCUCACAAUAGAAUCCCCUCCAAAUGAGCUGGCUGCUGGAGAUGGGGUUAGAACAAGUGUACAGGCAGGUGAAUUUGAAAAACGAGAUACCAUUCCCACAGAGGGCAGAAGUACAGAUGAGGCUCAGAGAGGAAAAGUCUCCUCUAUAGCUAUACCAGACCUGGAUGGUAGCAAAGCAGAGGAAGGAGAUAUUCUUGCAGAAUGCAUCAAUUCUGCCCUGCCCAAAGGAAGAAGCCACAAGCCUUUCCGAGUGAAAAAGAUAAUGGACCAAGUCCAACAGGCAUCCAUGACUUCAUCCGGAACUAACAAAAAUCAAAUAGACACUAAGAAAAAGAAGCCUACUUCACCAGUAAAGCCCAUGCCACAAAAUACUGAAUACAGAACUCGUGUGAGAAAGAAUACAGACUCAAAAGGUAACGUAAAUACUGAAGAAACUUUCUCAGACAAUAAAGACUCAAAGAAACAGAGCUUAAAAAACAACCCCAAGGACUUCAGUGACAAGCUACCGGACAAUGAGGACAGGGUCCGGGGAGGCUUUACUUUCGAUUCACCGCAUCAUUACACACCCAUUGAAGGGACUCCUUACUGCUUCUCACGAAAUGACUCUUUGAGUUCUCUAGAUUUUGAUGAUGACGAUGUUGACCUCUCCAGGGAAAAGGCUGAGUUAAGAAAGGGCAAAGAAAGUAAGGACUCAGAAGCCAAAGUUACCUGCCACACAGAACCAAGCUCAAGCCAACAGUCAGCUAGGAAGUCACAGGCCAGUACAAAACAUCCAAUGAACAGAGGACCGUCUAAACCACUGCUGCAGGAACAACCCACUUUCCCCCAGUCCUCUAAAGACGUACCAGACAGAGGGGCAGCAACUGACGAAAAACUGCAGAAUUUUGCUAUUGAAAAUACACCAGUUUGCUUUUCUCGAAAUUCUUCUCUGAGCUCCCUUAGUGACAUUGACCAAGAGAACAACAAUAACAAAGAAAUUGAACCAGUCAAAGACGCUGAGCCUGCCGACGCACAAGGAGAGUCAAGUAAGCCUCAGGCAUCUGGGUAUGCGCCCAAGUCCUUUCAUGUGGAAGACACCCCUGUGUGUUUCUCCAGAAACAGCUCUCUCAGCUCUCUGAGCAUUGAUUCUGAGGACGACCUGUUGCAGGAGUGCAUAAGCUCUGCUAUGCCAAAAAAGAGGAGGCCUUCCAGACUCAAGGGUGAGGGUGAAAGGCAGAGUCCUAGGAAAGUGGGCAGCGUGUUAGCCGAAGAUCUGACACUCGACUUGAAAGAUAUACAGAGGCCAGAGUCAGAACACGGUUUAUCCCCCGAUUCAGAAAAUUUCGACUGGAAAGCUAUUCAGGAAGGUGCAAACUCCAUAGUAAGUAGUCUGCACCAAGCUGCCGCCGCCGCUGCGUGUCUGUCCAGACAAGCGUCGUCGGACUCAGACUCCAUCCUGUCCCUGAAGUCCGGCGUCUCCCUGGGGUCACCUUUUCACCUUACACCUGACCAAGAGGAGAAGCCAUUCACGAGUCAUAAAGGCCCGAGAAUUCUCAAACCUGGGGAGAAAAGCACAUUAGAAGCAAAAAAAAUAGAAUCCGAGAACAAGGGAAUCAAAGGCGGAAAAAAGGUUUAUAAAAGCUUGAUUACAGGAAAGAUUCGAUCUAAUUCAGAAAUCUCCAGCCAAAUGAAACAACCCCUUCAGACAAACAUGCCUUCAAUCUCAAGAGGCAGGACAAUGAUUCACAUCCCGGGAGUUCGGAACAGCUCCUCAAGUACAAGCCCUGUCUCUAAAAAAGGCCCACCCCUCAAGACUCCAGCCUCUAAAAGCCCCAGUGAAGGCCCUGUAGUCACCACUUCUCCUCGUGGAACUAAGCCAGCAGUGAAGUCAGAGCUGAGCCCUAUUACCAGGCAAACUUCCCACAUUAGUGGGUCAAAUAAGGGGCCCUCUAGGUCAGGGUCUAGAGACUCCACUCCCUCGAGACCUACACAGCAGCCAUUAAGUAGGCCGAUGCAGUCGCCAGGGCGGAACUCGAUCUCCCCCGGUAGAAAUGGAAUAAGCCCUCCUAACAAACUCUCUCAGCUGCCCAGAACAUCGUCUCCCAGUACUGCUUCCACCAAGUCCUCGGGGUCGGGGAAAAUGUCCUACACAUCCCCAGGCCGGCAGCUGAGCCAGCACAACCUCAGCAAACAAACAGGCUUGUCCAAGAACACCAGCAGCAUCCCCAGAAGUGAGUCAGCAUCCAAAGGACUGAAUCAGAUGAAUAACAGCAACGGGUCUAAUAAAAAGGUAGAACUUUCUAGAAUGUCUUCAACUAAGUCAAGUGGAAGUGAAUCAGACAGGUCAGAAAGACCUGCAUUAGUACGUCAGUCUACUUUCAUCAAAGAAGCCCCAAGCCCAACCCUAAGGAGGAAACUGGAGGAAUCUGCCUCAUUUGAAUCCCUUUCUCCAUCUUCUAGACCAGAUUCUCCCACCAGGUCCCAGGCACAGACCCCAGUUUUAAGUCCUUCCCUCCCCGAUAUGUCUCUGUCCACACAUCCAUCUGUUCAGGCAGGUGGAUGGCGCAAGCUCCCACCUAACCUCAGCCCCACUAUAGAGUACAGUGACGGAAGACCCUCAAAGCGGCAUGACAUCGCACGCUCCCAUUCUGAAAGUCCGUCCAGACUACCAGUCAACCGAGCGGGAACCUGGAAGCGUGAACACAGCAAACAUUCCUCGUCCCUUCCUCGAGUGAGCACUUGGAGAAGAACUGGAAGCUCAUCUUCUAUUCUUUCUGCUUCUUCAGAGUCCAGUGAAAAAGCAAAAAGUGAGGAUGAAAAGCAUGUGAACUCUGUGCCAGGACCCAGACAAAUGAAAGAAAACCAGGUACCCACAAAAGGAACAUGGAGGAAAAUAAAGGAAAGUGAAAUUUCUCCCACAAACACGGUUUCUCAGACCACUUCCUCAGGUGCUGCCAGUGGUGCUGAAUCAAAGACUCUGAUCUAUCAGAUGGCACCUGCUGUUUCUAAAACAGAGGACGUUUGGGUGAGAAUUGAGGACUGCCCCAUUAACAACCCUAGAUCUGGAAGAUCUCCCACAGGUAACACCCCCCCAGUGAUUGACAGCAUUUCAGAAAAGGGAAAUACAAGCAUUAAAGAUUCAAAAGACACCCAAGGAAAACAAAGUGUGGGCAGUGGCAGUCCUGUGCAAACCGUGGGUCUAGAAAACCGCCUGAAUUCCUUUAUUCAGGUAGAGGCCCCGGAACAGAAAGGAACUGAGACAAAAGCAGGACAGAGUAACCCUGCCCCUGUAGCAGAGACUGGUGAGACCUGCAUGGCAGAGCGCACCCCUUUCAGUUCAAGUAGCUCCAGCAAGCACAGUUCUCCCAGUGGGACGGUCGCUGCCAGAGUGACGCCUUUUAAUUACAACCCAAGCCCUAGGAAAAGCAAUGCAGACAGCACUUCAGCCCGGCCAUCUCAGAUCCCCACGCCGGUGGGCAGCAACACAAAGAAGAGAGACUCGAAGACUGACAGCACUGAAUCCAGUGGAGCCCAGAGUCCUAAACGCCAUUCUGGGUCUUACCUCGUGACGUCUGUUUAAAAGAGCUAGAAGGAGAAAUGUAGGAAAAGCUGGUGUUAAUCACAACUGCUGUAUAGAGACUUUAUUUCAAAGGAAACUUUAAAGGUUGAAAAUUUUUGUAAAUAGGUUUGAUUCUUGUUAGAGGGGUUUUGUUCUGGAAACCAUAUUUGAUAGUACACAGUCCUCACUGGUCAUUUUGGGAGGCAUUCCUGUUAGGUAGGAAAAAAUGGUAAAGCCACGUAUAUCUAUCUGUACAGUGUGUUUUACAUGUAUUUAAGUAGCAUCCGUUCCAUUGUCCUUUAAUUAUCGCCUGUCUUAAAAUAACACUACAGAUAGACACUAUGAUAUAUUGCUGUUAUCAAUCAUUUUUAGAUUAUAAAGUAAAUUCACAUCAGGGAGAAAUUGGUAUUUAUGCAAAAAAAAUUAGUCCUUGUGAAUCCAUCUACCGUCAUAAUUAAUCAUGUGGCUGUGAAAUUCACAGUAAUAUGGUUCCCAAUGAAUAUGUUUACCCAGCCUGCUUUGCUUUACUGCAUGAAUGAAACUGAUGGUUCAAUUUCAGAAGUAAUGACUAAUGAUUCUGUGAUCACAUGGUGUGCAUAGAGAUAGCUACAGUGUAACAAUUCACACUAUUUUGUGCUCAAAUCUGUGUAACUGUAAAGCAUUUGAAUGAAACUAUUUUAACUGAACUAGAUUUUAUCAAAAGUAGGUAGGAUUUUUGCUAUGCUGUAACUGUUGUAUAUUCUGGUAUCUGAGGUGAGAUGGCUGCUCUUUUAUUAAUGAGACAUGAGUUAUGUCUCAAACUAAAUGAACAUUUCAGAAUAAAUUAUUGCUGUAUGUAAACUAUUACUGAAAUUGGUAUUGUUGGAGGGUCUUAUUUCACAUUUGUAUUAAUAACUGUCAAAAGGGCCUCUUUUAAAAGCUAAAUGUAAAUUUUUUCUUCAGAUUCUAUGCAUUAAGAGUAAAAUUUCCUCUUGCUGUAAUAAAGACAAUUGAAGAAGAUUGUUGACACUUAA